GAAGAGAUGCUGUUGAAUUGUUGUCUUUUCAGAAGUGUGGAAAUGGCUGCUGCGUCUACAGUCCAGGGUCCCUUUUCCUUUGAGGAGGUGUCCGUCUCUUUCACGGAGGCAGAGUGGGCCCUGCUGGAUCCGGGACAAAGAGCUCUGUACAGGGAAGUCAUGCUGGAGAAUUAUGGGAACGUGGCCUCUCUGGAGAAAUCUUUUGAAAGCUCAGAGUGUGGAAAGAAAUUCAAUCAGAAUGGCAAGCUUCAGCAGUGUCAAAGAACUCACAAAGAGGAUAAACUGUCUGAAUGCACAGUAGGUGGCAAGAAAUUCGGGUUCAAUGGCAAUCUUCAGCAGCAUCAAAGAACCCACACAGGAGAGAAACCUUUUGAAUGCACAGAGUGUGGAAAGACAUUCAGUGACAAGAGCAGUCUUAAACAGCAUCAGAGAACCCACACAGGAGAGAAACCUUUUGCAUGCUCAACGUGUGGAAAGAGAUUCAGUCGGAGUGGCCAUCUUCAAAAGCAUCAGAGAACCCACACAGGAGAGAAACCUUUUGAAUGCUCAGCGUGUGGAAAGAGAUUCAGUCAGAGUGGCCAUCUUCAAAACCACCGAAGAAUUCAGACAGGGGAGAAACCUUUUGCAUGCUCAACGUGUGGAAAGACAUUCUGUCAGAGUGGCAACCUUCAACUGCAUCAGAGAACCCACACAGGAGAGAAACCUUUUGAAUGCACAGAGUGUGGAAAGAGAUUCAGUCACAGUGGCACUCUUCAAAAGCAUCAGAAAACCCACACAGGGGGAAAAACUUUUGAAUGCACAGAGUGUGGAAAGAGAUUCAGUCACAGUGGCACUCUUCAAAAGCAUCAGAGGACCCACACAGGAGAGAAACCUUUUGCAUGCUCAGCGUGUGGAAAAAGAUUCAGUCACAGCAGCACUCUUCAAAAGCAUCAGAGAACCCACACAGGAGAGAAACCUUUUGAAUGCUCCGAAUGUGGAAAGAGAUUCAAUCGCAGUGGCAAUCUUCAAAGGCAUCAGAGAACCCACACAGGAGAGAAACCUUUUGAAUGCUUAGAGUGUGGGAAGAGAUUCCGUGAGAGUGGCACUCUUCAAAAACAUCGGAGAACCCACACAGGGGAGAAACCUUUUGAAUGCACAGAGUGUGGAAAGAGAUUCAUUCAGAGUGACAAUCUUCAACAGCAUCAGAGAACCCACACAGGAGAGAAACCUUUUGAAUGCUCAGAAUGUGGAAAGAGAUUCAGUCACAGUGGCAAUCUUCAAAAGCAUCAGAGAACCCACACAGAAGAGAAACCUUUUGAAUGCUCAGUAUGUGGAAAGAGAUUCAGUCACUGUGGCAGCCUUCAACUGCAUCAGAGAACCCACACAGGAGAGAAACCUUUUGAAUGCUCAGAAUGUGGAAAGAGAUUCAGUCAGAGUGGCACUCUUCAACAGCAUCAGAGAACCCACACAGGGGAGAAACCUUUAAAAUGCUCAGAAUGUGGAAAGAGAUUCAGUCACAGCAGCACUCUUCAACAGCAUCAGAGAACCCACACAGGGGAGAAACCUUUUGAAUGCACAGAGUGUAGAAAGAGAUUCAGUCACAGCAGCACUCUUCAACAGCAUCAGAGAACCCACACAGGGGAGAAACCUUUUGCAUGCUCAACGUGUGGAAAGAGAUUCAGUCACAGUAGCAGUCUUAAAGAGCAUCAGAGAACCCACACAGGAGAGAAACCUUUUGCAUGCUCAGAGUGCGGAAAGAGAUUCAGUCACAGUAGCAGUCUUAAAGAGCAUCAGAGAACCCACACAGGAGAGAAACCUUUUGAAUGCUCAGAGUGCGGAAAGAGAUUCAGUGACAGUGGCAGUCGUCAAAAGCAUCAAAGGACGCAUACAGGAGAGAAACCUUUUGCAUGCUCAACGUGUGGAAAGACAUUCAAUCGGAGUGGCACUCUUCAAAACCACCAAAGAACCCACACAGGAGAGAAACCUUUUGCAUGCUCAGAGUGCGGAAAGAGAUUCAGUGACAGUGGCAGUCUUCAAAGGCAUCAAAGGACCCACACAGGAGAGAAACCUUUUGCAUGCUCAACGUGUGGAAAGACAUUCAAUCGGAGUGGCCAUCUUCAAAAGCAUCAGAGAACCCACACAGGAGAGAAACCUUUUGAAUGCACAGAGUGUGGAAAGAGAUUCAGUCAGAGUUACAGUCUUCAACAGCAUCAGAGAACCCACACAGGAGAGAAACCUUUUGAAUGCUCAGAGUGUGGAAAGAGAUUCAGUCACAGUGGCAGUCUUCAAAGGCAUCAAAGGACCCAUACAGUAAGUAAAGUAAAAGUAAAGUAA